UCUUCUUCUUCUUCUUCUUUUCUAUCAUCUAAUACUACUGUUUUCUCUCUGCUCUUCCACCUACCUUUUGCUACUAAUAACGCACGCCUGUUAAUCCUAGAACGAGAUUUGUAGUGGGAGAUGGCCAGCUUACCUGAGACCGCCGAAGAGGGUAAGACCCUCGCCGACGCAUGGGACUUCAAGGGCCGCCCUGCCGUCAAGUCUACCACCGGCGGCUGGACAAGCGCCGCCAUGAUCUUAGGGGUGGAGCUGUGCGAGAGGAUGACGACGCUGGGCAUCGCGGUGAACCUGGUGACCUACCUGACCGGCACCAUGCACCUCGGCAAUGCCGCAUCCGCCAACGUUGUCACCAACUUCUUGGGAACCUCCUUCAUGCUCUGCCUCCUCGGUGGCUUCGUCGCCGAUACCUACCUCGGCCGAUACCUCACCAUCGCCAUCUUCACCGCCAUCCAAGCCUCCGGGGUGACUAUCUUGACCAUAUCGACGGCGGCGCCGGGGUUGAGGCCCCCGGAGUGCAGUAAUCCGCUGGGCGGCGGGUGUGUGAGGGCGAACGGGACGCAGUUGGGUGUGCUGUACCUGGGACUCUACCUGACGGCCCUUGGGACGGGCGGGCUCAAGUCGAGCGUGUCCGGGUUCGGGUCGGACCAGUUCGACGAGGGCGACCGGGCCGAGAAGAAGCAGAUGAUGCGGUUCUUCAGCUGGUUCUUCUUCUUCAUUAGCAUUGGGGCGCUGAUGGCCGUGACCGUGCUGGUCUACAUCCAAGACAACGUCGGGCGCCGGUGGGGCUACGGCAUCUGCGCCGUGGCCAUCGUGGCUGGCUUGGCCGUGUUCUUGUCCGGCACCAGCAGGUAUCGUUUCAAGAGGCUGGUGGGGAGCCCGCUUUCCCAGAUCGCUUCCGUCGUGGUCAGCGCGUGGCGGAAGAGGCGCCUCGACGUACCGGACUCCUCCACGCUCCACGACAUCGACACCGCCGAAGGAUGCAGCGCCCCCUAUUCCAGCAAGAAGAAGCAGAAGCUGCUCCACACCAAGCAGUUCCGCUUCUUGGACCGGGCGGCCAUCGUAGAAGGAGACGCGACGGUGGACCAGACCAAGUGGCGGCUUUCCACCUUGACGGACGUGGAGGAGGUGAAGCAAGUGAUCCGAAUGCUCCCCACCUGGGCCACAACCAUCAUGUUCUGGACCGUCUACGCCCAGAUGACCACCUUCUCAGUGUCGCAGGCCACCACCAUGGACCGCCACAUCGGCCCCUCAUUCGAGAUCCCCGCCGGCUCCCUCACUGUCUUCUUCGUCGGCUCCAUCCUCAUCACCGUCCCCAUCUACGACCGCCUCAUCGUCCCCGCCGCCCGCCGCCUCACCGGGAACCCCCAGGGAGUGACACCUCUCCAGCGCAUCGCGGUCGGCCUCGUCCUCUCCAUCGUCGCCAUGUGCGCCGCCGCCCUCACCGAACGCAAGCGCCUCCGGGCAGCCCGGACUGACCCGACCGCGGCCGUCGUGCCCCUGACCGUCUUCUGGCUGGUGCCGCAGUUCUUGCUGGUGGGGGCAGGCGAGGCGUUCACCUACAUCGGGCAGCUGGACUUCUUCCUGCGGGAGUGCCCCAAGGGGAUGAAAACGAUGAGCACCGGCUUGUUCCUAAGCACGCUCUCGCUGGGCUUCUUCCUGAGCUCCACGCUGGUCACCAUUGUCCACAAGGUGACGGGGGAGAGCGGAAAGGGGGCGUGGCUACCGGACGACCUGAACAAAGGGAAGCUGUACGACUUCUACUGGCUUCUGGCGGUGCUGAGCGUGCUGAACCUGGUGGUCUUCGCGGCGGCCGCCAGGGGUUACGUCUACAAGGAGAAGAGGAUGGGGGACGAGAGCGUCAACGGGGUGGAGCUGGCGGAGGAGGCCUGCUGCCAUGCAUGAGCUACACCUCCAAGUCACUUGUUGCCUUUGCCUUCUCUGUUUCAAUAAGGAAAUGGUUUUACUC